AUGUUCAACGCUUUAUCUUCUGCUAAUCGAUUUCCUUCUUUAAUGCGUAAAUCUAUACUUCUUCAAUCAGUUCGUUUUGUCAAUGAAGUGACUUUCGAAACAAAACCAUUUAAAUUGCACCGAUUAGAUUCUGGUCCAUCAACAAAUGUUACACUUAAAAAAUCAGAUGCUUUGGUAAUGUAUCGACAGAUGCAGGCUAUUCGUAGAAUGGAGCAAGCAGCUGAUUUGUUAUACAAAGAACGAAAAAUUCGAGGUUUCUGUCAUCUAUAUGCUGGACAGGAAGCCUGUGCAGUUGGUGUUCAUGCUGGAAAAGAACCUGAUGAUGCGAUCAUAACUGCUUAUCGAUGUCAUGGAUUUGCAUAUUUGGCUGGAUUGACUGUGAAAGAAGUUAUUUCAGAAUUGCUCGGCCGUUCUCAUGGUUGUGUUCAUGGUAAAGGUGGCUCCAUGCAUAUGUACGGCAAAAACUUCUACGGUGGAAAUGGAAUUGUUGGUGCUCAACAACCUAUUGGAGCCGGCAUAGCUUUCGCGCUCAAGUAUAAGAAGAAGCCAAAUAUAUGCUUCACGUUAUAUGGUGAUGGUGCUGCUAAUCAAGGACAACUUGCUGAAGUUGAAAACAAAGGUGGUAUUUAUUUAAAACGUGGCAUUCAGUUUACUGAAAUUGUUUCAGCAGCGAACAUGUGCGCUUUAUGGAAACUGCCAUGUGUGUUCAUUUGUGAAAAUAACGGUUAUGGUUUGGGUACUCCCGCAAAACGUUCGUCAGCAUCUACAAAUUAUUAUGCUCGAGGUGACUAUAUCCCUGGUAUUUGGGUUGAUGGAAUGGAUGUACUGGCGGUACGAGAAGCGACGAAGUUUGCCAGAAAUUAUAGUAGUUCUGGCAAAGGUCCAUUAUUUGUCGAAUUUGCGACGUAUCGAUUUUACGGACAUUCCGUUGCUGAUCCAGGAACAAGUUAUCGAACUCGUGAGGAAGUACAAGAAGUCCGAAAAAGCUCGGAUCCAAUCGCACGGUUCAAAAAUGAAGUUCUUUCUUCGAAUUUGAUCACAAAAGAUGAAUUAAAGGCGAUUGAUAAGGAAGUAAAAAAUGAGAUUGAUGAAGCAGUAAAUUUCUCGAGGGACGAUGAAGUGAUUUCAAACGAUGCUCUUAUUUCUGAUCUCUACCACAAUACUCCUCCUGUAUUUGUUCGUGGACAUACGAUGGAUGAUAUUAAAUUACAGCCAUAUGUCCGUACAGUGGAUAUGUUGCAGAAAAUGUGA